AUGGAUAAACCUUCUGUCUUAGCACUUUUAGCCGUUCAUGUUCUAGUCAUAUCUCUAAAGGUGGUGCAUGGUACUACAAUAUCUCUAUGUACCCAAACCACAUAUCCAGAACUCUGCAAUUCCUUCAUCAAAAAUAAACCUCAAGCAAGCUUAGAUGAAACCAUUUUCAGUAUGCGUGACACUGCCCUAAGGGCCACCAUGGCUAACGCUGUACAAGCUCACAAGCUCGUAUCAGUCAUGGACGUGAGCUUGUUCAACGAGCAAGGCAAGUCAGCUUGGGCUGAUUGUUUGGAGCUUUAUGAGGACACCAUUGACAAGCUCAACAGUUCUAUCACCUCUGUCAAUAAUCGAACCACCAUGGCUGAUUCUCAAACUUGGUUAAGUGCUGCAAUUGUCAAUGAACAAACAUGUCGAAACGGGUUUAUUGAUUUUGACUUGUGUUCUUAUUUGCAGUCCUUUCCCAUCAUGCUAAGUGACUUCAACAUGUUCCUUAGCAAUUCACUUGCACUCAAUAAGGCCAUGGCUUCACGAUCAACUGCAAUUUCUAGUAAAAAGGUCCGAGGCCGAUGCUUAUUAUCCGGGGGCUUCCCUGGAUGGGUUUCAGCUGCUGACCGGAAGCUUCUUCAAGCGGCCGGAGCAUCGAUUAAUGCCAACGUUGUGGUGGCACAAGAUGGUUCAGUCUACAAGGAAAAUGUUGAGAUUAAGAAAACAAUGAAAAAUUUGAUGUUUAUUGGAGAUGGGAUUGGUGCUACCAUUGUUACUGGCAAUAAGUAUAACAAUCUUCAAGAUGGCACCAGCACUUUUCGCUCUGCAACUUUUGCUGUUUCCGGCAAUGGCUUCAUCGCCCGGGACAUGACGUUCGAAAACACGGCCGGACCUCAGAAACACCAAGCAGUUGCUCUUCGCUCCAGUUCGGAUUUCUCGGUUUUCUACAGCUGCAGGUUCAUAGGCUACCAAGACACCUUAUAUGUCCAUUCCCAACGCCAAUUCUAUCGCAACUGUGACAUCUGUGGCACUGAAGACUUCAUUUGUGGCGAUGCUGUCAUGGUUCUUCAAAACUGUAACAUAUACGUAAGAAGGCCAAUGAGUAAUCAGAAGAACACAGUCACAGCUCAAGCAAGAAGUGAUCCCAAUGAGAACACAAGGAUUGUUAUACAUAAUUCAGUUGUUACCGCGGCCUCGGAUUUGAAACCAGUGCAGGAAUCGUUUAAAACCUAUCUUGGCCGGCCAUGGGGGCAGUACUCCAGGACUGUGAUCAUGAAGAGUUCUCUGGACAGCUUGAUUGACCCUGAAGGGUGGUGUCCAUGGGACGGCGACUUUGCUUUGAAAACUCUAUACUAUGGUGAGUACAUGAAUACAGGACUUGGAGCGAUGACAAGUGCUAGGGUUAAGUGGCCGGGAUAUAACAUUAUAACAAGUGGGACAGAGGCCGAAAAAUUCUCUGUUGGGAGUUUCUUGGCCGGAGAUGCAUGGAUUCCGGCCACCGAAGUGCCAUUCACUUCUGGCCUGUGA